AUGCUCAGCUCGCGACCCGUGUCAAUCCAUCAGGACGUGGACAUUCCCGUCAUGAUGAACACCAAGACUCCCGGGCGGAAGGGCAUCAAGAGCCGUCACGGUCUCCAGGAGAACCUCGUCCACACGGGCUCGAAGUCUGUCUUCUCCAAGAAGACCGUCACCCAGACCCCCUUCCGCCCGGGCACCGCACAUGGCAAGAAGAUCCUGGUCCCCGCCUCGGGCGCGCGCCCGCUCAUGGACAAGACCCCUUUCCCGAACCGCGUGGCUGCUGGCGGCUUCGGCGGGGCGGGGAAGACCCCAGGGCCGCAGGGCCUCAAACUAUCCAAGCUUGCACUGCUCGCCCCCGCGGCUGAGCAGACAUCGCUAUCGACUGACUGGGACUUCAAGACGCCACUGACGAAGGGGAACCACUGGGAUGUGAGUCCCGGGGAUUUUGACGGAGUUGGCGGCGCCGUGGCGGACGAGGCGACGGAGGCGGUUGAGGCAGAGGUGUGCGAAGAGGACGACGAGCUCGAGUACAUGCCGCCAAGCGCUGUCGAGCUGCCGUACGAGCCGCCGUUCGAGAUGCCGGACUACGAGGCCCUCGGCUCGAAUCUCUUUGCACUCGGACAUGGUGACGUCAUGGACGACUCCGCGGCCCAGUUCUAUUCCGCCGAUAUCGAGCACCAGGUCGACGUCAAGAAGCUGCUCGCCGAUAGCGGCUGCACUCCGACCGUCCCAGACUACUUGAACCUUCCGGACAUCGAGGACGACGGUCCGUUCAAGGCACCCAAACCUGCGCCAUCUGCCACCGCGAAGCCCCUCGUACGCGCCGCAACUUUGCGCACGGCACCCGCCCAUGGCCCGCCUCCCACCGCCGCGUCGACGUCGCGCACGACCCCCGCCCUCACGCGCGCCGCCUCCGUCGCCUCCACCCCCGCCCCGACCCGCACCUCCGUGCUGAGAGCAGCCAAAGCAGCGGCGGCCGCUUCUGGCCCCGCCCGUCCAGCCACAAGCGUCGGUGUCCGCUCCGCCUCCGGCCCCGCCGCACGCCCCACCCCGUCCCCUACAACCACGGCAGCACCCACGCGGCCCCCCGUGGCGACGCGCACCCGCGCGGUCAGCGUGACCGCCACGACCCCCGCGGUGCGCCCCCGCUCGGCGACCGUCGCCGCCAAGGGCCGCGGAGCGAGCGGGACGGGGCCGGCCGCCUCCAAGGCCCGCGUCGCGGACGACGGCCUCGCCGCGCUCUUUGACGCGGCGUACGGCGAGGGCGAGGACGCCGGCGGCUUCCUCUUCGCGCUGCCACCCCUCCCUCGGCGGCUUCGUGACCGCCACGCGCGACGCAACUGCACCCUAUCGAUCGUGGGUCGAUCGAGGCUCGAGGCCGUGGUUGACUGGAUGGACCCGGGGCCGCAGGGUUGGUUCGGUUCGGACAGUGGGUGGAUCACGGAUCCACGGAGCUUCCGGUGCACGACAUGA